GUGCUGAGCUGCAGCAGGUGACUCCCAGGUCGUGGGCGUCCUUCUCGGCGCGCAGGAGGCUGAUGGCCACGUCCCAUAGUUUAAGGUAGCCGCUGGUGCAGCCGGUCACGAAGACCUGGCCACACAACAUAAAGCCAUUUGACUUGAUCCAGACAAGAACGGAAACUUCUUCGGAAAAUAGUGCAUCAACUCUUCAAACAGCUUCAUCAACAAAUAGAUCUACUCUCUGUUGGAAACCAUGCAGCAACCAGAUGUUGUGAUGAGCCUCAGGAUCGAACUCCUCCGAGCCAACAAGAAGAUCAUGGCUCUUAAAUAUGGAACCGAGUCUCUGAGGGAGAGGAUGUGGCAGCUGGAAAACCAGCUUAAAGACAGAGAUGAUGUCAUAAAGAUGGCGGUGGAGAAGGAGAAGGACAAGGAGAAAGAGAAGGAGAAGGAGGUGGAGACGGAGAUGGAGAAGGAGAAGCAGAAGCAGAAGGAGAUCCAGGCUCUGAAGGAGAAGGUAGAGCAGCUGGAAAACCAACUGAAAGACAAAGAUGAUAUGAUAAAGAUGGCGGUGGAGAAGGAGAAGGAGAAGGAGACGGAGACGGAGACGGAGAAGGAGAAGGAGAAGGAGAAGGAGAUCCAGCUCCUGAAGGAGAAGGUUGAGCAGUAGGAAAACCAGCUGAAAGACAAAGAUGAAGUAAUAAAGAAGGAGGUCAAGAAACGGCGUGCUCGCCUUGGGGCCUAUCUGGACUGUCUGGCUGAGCUCACUGACUGUCAGGCUAAGGUUAAAAUUAUGGAAGUGAGUCUGCACCAGGAGCCACCCCAGCCUGAUACCAUCUGUAGCAGUCAGGUGGAGGUGGAGAAGGAGAAGGAGACGGAGAAGGAGAAGGAGAAAGAGGAAGAGAAGGAGAAGGAAAAGGAGAUCCAGGCCCUGAAGGAGCAGGUGGAGCAACUGCAACACCAGUUGAUUGACAAAGAUGGUGUCAUAGCGAAGGAGGUCAAGAAACGGUGUGCUCGCCUCAGGGCCUAUCUUGACUGCUUGGCUGAGCUCAGUGACUGUCAGGCGAGGGCUAACAUUAUGGAAGCAAGUCUGCACCAGGAGCCUGCACCAGGAGCAUGAGACUCCUUGCCCCCGCCACCCCUCACCUUUUUCCUACUCCUCAAAAGAAACCCCUCCCCUGUCC